CCGGACUUUGUGGCUCAGAGUGAGAGAGACUGAUUCGGACCGUCGGAACCGAUCGGAACCGAUUUGCGGCUCGAUGUCCCGGCUGCUGGAGAGCCGGAGGGAGAAGGACCGGAUGAAGGAGAGCAGCCUGAAGAUCAAGGAGAAGGAGCGGCUGAAGGAGACGAGAGAGCGGGAGGCGCGCUCCAGCAGCGGCCACCUGUUCACCUCGCUCAGCGUAUCGGCCACUACGCUCUGCUCCUCCUGCAACAAGAGCAUCACAGCCAAGGAGGCGCUCAGCUGCCCAGGAUGCAACGUCACCAUCCACAACCGCUGCAGGGACAGCGUGGCGAGCUGCGCCAAGAUGAAGCAGAGGCAACAGAAGCUGACAUUAGUUAGAAACAAUUCGGCUCUACAGAACGUCGCUCUGCGGACCAAAACUCCGAUGAUGAAGGAGCGUCCGAGCUCAGCUAUCUACCCCUCAGACACUCUGCGACAGUCUCUGCUGGGAUCCAGGCGGGUUCGGUCCGGCCUCACGCUCGCCAAGAGCGUCUCCACCAAUAACAUCGCAGGGGGGACAGAGGAGUCCGUCGGUCUCCGCAGGAUUCUGUCCCAGUCCACCGAGUCGCUAAACUUCCGCAACAGAACUUUGUCCAUGGAGUCCCUGACCGACGACGGCGAGUGGUGGUGGAGCCCCCUGCUGGAGGAGCUGCAGGCGGAGGGCGGCUGCGUCCAGGCCGACAGCUGGAGCAUGGCGGUGGACUCCAAGUUCCUGCAGACGCAGCACAAAGACGUCAUCAAGCAGCAGGACGUCAUCUACGAGCUGAUCCAGACGGAGUUCCACCACGUCCGGACGCUGCGGAUCAUGGAGGGCGUUUACCGGCGAGGGAUGCAGGAGGAGGUACUGCUGGAGGCGGGUGUGGUCCACACCAUCUUCCCCUGCCUGGACCAGCUGCUGGAGCUGCACACCAACUUCCUGUCCCAGCUGCUGAGCCGCAGGAAGGACGGGCUGCAGGAGGGCAGCGCCAACAACUUUACCGUCCGCCGCCUGGGCGACCUGCUGCUGCGACAGUUCUCAGGUCAGUGUGCCGAAGACAUGAAGAAGCUUUACUCCGAGUUCUGCAGCCGCCACCCUAAAGCCGUGAAACUCUACAAAGAAGUGCUGAACCGAGACCGCAGGCUGCAGCAGUUCAUCAGGCGGGUUUGUCGUGGUCCUCUGCUGCGUCGCCAUGGCGUCCAGGAGUGCAUCCUGCUGGUCACCCAGCGGAUCACCAAAUACCCGGUUCUGAUCCAGAGGAUCCUGGACAACACCAAAGGCUGUCCAGACGAGCGGCGAGACCUACAGGAGGCCCUGGUCCUCCUGAAGGAGCUGAUCGGCUCGGUGGAUCAGGAGGUUCUGGAGCUGGACCGAAACCGGCGGCUGCAGGAGGUCCAGGCCCGGUUGGACCCGCGGGCCCAGGCUGAGGUGAAGGGAGGCGGCGCAUUCAGAGGGGGGGAGCUGCUGAGGAGGAAGCUGAUCCAUGAGGGAACGCUCACCUGGAAAGUGCAGGGCUCCAGGAUGAAAGAUGUGCAGGUCUUGUUGAUGUCAGACAUCUUAGUUUUCCUCCAGGAAAAGGACCAGAAGUUCACUUUUGCGUCACUGGACAAGUCCCCUGUGGUUUCCCUGACCAAGCUGAUCGUCAGAGAAGUAGCCAAUCAGGAAAAGGGGAUGUACCUGAUCAGUGACUCCGCCCCCCCAGAGAUGUAUGAGCUGUACGCUUCGUCCAAAGAUGACCGGAAGACGUGGAUGAGCUGCAUCCAGAAGGCCGCUCAGAGCUGUCCUUCCAGAGACGAGUUUCCUCUCAUUGAAACUGAAGACAAAGCUUUACAGCGCCGCCUCAGAGCUGAGAUCCAGCAGAAGGACAAAGAGGUUCUGGAGCUCCUGCAGGAGCGGGCCACCUUGUUCUCCGACCUGGUCCAGGCCACGGCGCGAGAAGACGGAGAGGAGCGGCGUGUGGAGGCGAAGACCUCCUCCUGUAACCGGAACCUGUUCAGAGCCGACACGCCGCACGCUCCCAAAGCUGAACCUCUCCUCCUGGCCGCCAUUGGUGAAGUCGACAAACUGGCAGCGCUGCUGUCCGACACCAGCAAUCAGAAAUCCUCCGUAACCAACGGCAACCAGGACAUCAGCAAUGGGGAUUCGGGUUCUGUCAACGGUUCUUUUAAACUCAACAGCUCUUCCAAGGACCGGAACGGAAACCAGCUGCAGGAACGGACCCUGAAUGAGGAAGUGCGCCAGCGGCUGGUCGGGCUCAGCACGCAGCUUCACGCCCUGCAGGCGGCGGUGAUCCGGCAGGACUCGAUCCUGGAGUUAUCGGUGGGCGCCGCCCCCCCGGCCGGCCCUGGUUCCGCCCCCCGCCUUGUGCGGUCGAUGUCGCGCGAUGCUGCGCUGGACGCCAGCGGAGAGGCGGUGCUGCUGCGGCGGCAGGUGGAGCUGCUGCAGGAGGAGCUGUCGCGGCUGCGUCUGAAGGCGGAGGAGGGCAGUAAGAAGGGGGCGGGGUCCGGAAAGAAGAAGAAGAAGAACAAAGGGAAGGGCGACGCCUCCAAGGACCAGCAGCAGGUCGACAGGAAGCCGGAGGCCGAGCCGCCUGCCGUCGCCCCGUUGGCCGUCGAGGAUCCCGUCGACCAAUUAGAUGGCCUGGAGGAGGGGCCUGAGGAGGAGGAGGAAGAAGUGAUGAAGAUCUCGCCGCGCUCUGACAGUCCCAGAGACCUCCAGGACAUUCCCGAGGAGAGCGAGAGCUAACCUCCCAGUGGAUGUCGCCGUGAUGUCACCAUCGCUACCGGAGAUCCACUCGCUGUCGGACAUUUUUCUUCAACAUUUCCUAAAUUUUCUGUUCGAUACAGGAAGUGUAACCAUGACAACUGUUUACUGAUCAUGUCUGCUGGAGGGGGAGGGGCUUACAAGAGGGAGGGGCUUACAGAGGCUUUGGUCAGCUCUGAUUGGAGGCCAUAAGGCCAGUGGGCGGAGUUUGUGUCUCAGUCCAAAGUUCAAAAUCUGCUUCAAACAAUGCUUCAGGCGAUCGGCCAUGCUGGAGGCUGGAGACCAGUACAGGUUACUGGGAGCUACUGGGAGGGUCAGGGGGAAAAGAAGUGAAACUGUGGAUAAAACAGGAAACGCUGCUUGGCAGGAUUUCAGAUAUUAAAACGAGAGACUGAUCAAUAAGUAAUUAUCGAUUUGGCCUGAUAGGAACGCUGAUUCAGCAGAUCUCAGAGCGGACCAACCUGCUGACUUUCACAGGAAGCAGAAACAUUUCUGUUCCUGGCUCAGAGCCAAACAUGAGACACAUGAAUGCUCACCACACUACAUUACCCAGAAGGCCUUUGGAGCUGCAGCCUGAGUGUGGGAACUUUAUUUAAACAGAAGUAGUUUUAGAAACUUUUAUUCUUUGUUACGUCUGAAUAUUUAGCUUCAAAAUCUGUUCCAGGUUCAGGAGAAGCCAAAAAGUUUUUAAUGCAGCAGCAGGGUGGGGAGGGGGGACCAGUUAACCCAGGGGUGGGCAGUCCUCCUGGAGGGCCGGUCUGUUGUAACCUUUAGAUGUGUCUCUACUUCAACACACCUGAGUCAAAUAAUGUCAUCAGUAGGAUUCUGUAGAACCCGACUGGUUGGUUCUCCAGAGAACCUGACUGCACUGAGGAGGAGAUUCAGUUAUUGGAUUCAGGUUGUUGGACCAGAGAGACUCUAAGAGCUGCAGGACACUGACCCUCCAGGACCAGGACUGACCACCCCUGAGUUAGAGACAGGGACUGGGAGGACUGGGAGGGAGGUCUGCAUGAGUCACAGCUGCUGUACAUUAGCAUGUUAGCAUGGCUGUUUUUUCUAUAAGAGUUAAUUAACCAGUUUGUAAGUGUCAACAUGAUGAUGAUGAUGAUGAUGAUGAUGAAGAUGUAAACACUAUGAACCUGCUGAUGGACACAAACGACUCCAGCUACUUCAGCUGAUGAAGAUGAUGAUGAAGGUUUCCUGUCCAGAACAUUUCAGAGAAUUUACAGAAACAUCUGGAAGAUCCAGGAGAACAACCUGAGACCUUUCAGGAACCGAUUAUUGAUUAUUGAUUUCUGCUGAAUAUAAAAACCUCAGAAACUU